AUGAAGUCGCAGUCGCUCUUUACUUUCCUCGCCGGUCUGGCCCUCUCCGCCGCCGCCGCCAUCCGCAGCCCCGAAGCAACGGACGGCUCUGCUUUCCUGACCAAGCGCGCCGUCGCCAUGACGCCGUCGCUCGCCCCGCAGGUCGUCUGGCAAGGCGCGCGCCUCGGCAACGAGUUCGUCUCCCAGUCGGACCGCCAGGCCGUCAUCAAAAAAGAGCUCGCUGUUCCGCUUCCUCUUCACCGACGCCUUCGCCGGGACCGCGCGCUGCGCGCUGCAGUUCCGCAUGCCCUCCUGCGUCACCCUGCCCGAGGGAACAGCCGGGGCUUCCACACCAUGCCCGGCGGCGACGUCGGCGGGGUCAUCAACUUCUCCGACGACGAGAGGCUCCAGACGAACUGGAUCACCCAGGUCUAUCCGGGAGCUGUGACCGAGGUCGGCUCGUUCGACUGCGGCAAGGCUGGCGAGACUAUCGACUUCCUUAUCCAGAAUGAUCGCGGCUUGGACCUCGAGUUCAAGCAAGGCACGGACGACGGUGUUGGUUUCUGGGUCGUCCCCAAGCCUUCAGUCUGA